CUAUAAGCACCACGCGGUCUUCGGUCUUUCUUCAGGCACAAUGAGUCCCGCCCUCCAGCGAGGCGUCCGGACUCUGUCUUGGACACGAGUUGUCCCUCGCGCCCAUCGACAGGCCAGAUGCAUUCAGAUUCGCGCGGCGCCUUCGGAAGAGCCUACCGUCAACGGCGACCAUCUGCCCCUCGCCGGCACACCUAGCUCCGCCGCAUCGCGAGACGCGCGCUUCGAUGUCGUCGGCGCUCCAUAUUCACUCCUCUCGGUAUCGCUUUCGGCAUCGCAGAACCUGUACACGCGCCGGGGAACAUUGGUUGGAUUGAGUGGCAAGGCGGAUAAUGUGGUUUCGACGUUGAGCGUCCUCGAACCCUUCCGCAGGGCACCUCUGGGCGUGCCUUUCCUUUAUCAAAAGAUUUCCUCAGCGAGCCCCGUCACAGCCCUCGUUUCCGUUCGGUCUCCGACGACCUCUUUCGCGGUUGUGAACCUCAAUGGCUCCGUGGAUUGGAUGGUUGCCCAGCGUCGUGCUCUGCUGGCAUGGACAGGCCGGUCCUUGUCCAUCAAGCCGACCAUCAACACCAACCUAAGCUUGGCUCACUGGGGUAGCUCCGAGGUCACUGGUAGGGGAUUGAUCGCGUUGGUAGGCCAAGGUCAGGUCUACUCUGUAGAGUUGAAGGCUGGCGAGCAAUACGUCGUUCACCCCAGCAACAUUAUCGCCUAUACCAUGGCUUCCAACCCUCCUCGCCCCUACCGUUUCAAAUCCACAACCCUGAGCUUCCAGGUUCCCGGCCUAAAGACACUCCCACGUCUGUUGCAAGGCAACAAGUUCAUCCAGGACGUUUCCGACUCCAAGGCAUGGAAGAACACCAUGAGCUUCCUUCACAAGAUUCGGACAUGGUCUCGGAAGACCAUCUGGGGAGAUAGACUCUUCCUGCAAUUCGAUGGACCUGCAACCAUUCUCAUGCAAACUCGUGGACCUCGCGUCAACGACAUUCUCUCCGAGCGUCAAAUCACUGAACUCGCCGAUGCCCCCCGGGGAAUCACCAGCCUCGCACCGCAAGAGUCCAGCAAGCCCACUCCCUCAGAGGCAGAAAUCUCUCGUUCGGUCGAGAACUUGGACCAGGAGAUCCGGGGAAUCCGUCAGAGCGUGGCAGAGAUCCGAAAGGACGGCAGCGUCGUGAUCAAGGAGGUCGGCCGUACGACUCCCAAGGAUGCGUAAGGGCGUGCCAUUCGCUCUAUCUCUCCCCGCACUAGAGGCUAUUUUCUUUUGGUAUGGUUUACUUUGCAUCUUGUAUAACAUUUUGGGCGUCAUGAAAACACAGCUGCGGCCAGUCAAAUCAAUUUCCUUUUUCUCUGUCAAGAUGGACUACUUUCUGCGUUUUAAGUACACGGAUCUUCUGUCUGUCCACUUGAGAUUAAGCUCUAACUGGACUAUUCCAGGAGCGCCACUGGUCCCCCAUCCAUAGCCAUUUGUAACUCUCAAGUCACGAAUUGUAUGCCUGUGAAAUUCGCCUGAAAUCUUGCCAGGUCUUCCGGGCUGACUCGUGCGUAUGACGGUGCGGUGAGAGUGAGAGUGAUCUUCUUUAAAUAAGGAAAAAUUUUCUAAAGAGAUAGACGCUGUCAGCACAAUCCAGUCAAAGCCCCGUAUUCAAGAAACCAACCAUCAGCCGCUUCGCCAACCGAUUCUGCAUCUGGUUAUCAUCAAAAGCACCAUGCAUGCCACUGUGACCAGCCCGGACGUCAAUAGUGAGAUCGUGAAGCGCAAACCCUCCAAUCUCAGGCAAAGAGAGUAACCGCUGUCCAGGACGGAUAUAAAUUUUCACAAAGCGCAGACGUGGAAAGCUCAAUCUUUCAAGAACCCGGUUCUCCUUAUAGGAACCAUGAGGGUCAUUCUCAAGGACAAGAUCCACUACAAAGUUCGCGUAAACCUGUUUGCGCUCUCGAGGAAGCCUUCUUCCAAGGGUACGGAGUUUGGAGAAUGGCAAUGGAGUCCACCAUAGGUAUCGCAUUGCUUCGUGGAACCAGAGUGUAUUGACCAGUGCGUAGUUGACGAAUCUAGUCUUUGCGGAUGUUUGGUUGAAUGGCCCGUCGUAUUCUUUGUAGCCGCCUGCGUCCCAUUGAAGGAUCUCAGAGACUAGUUCUGGCGUGGAGAGUACGAGUUGUGUUGCGGUCAUGACUGUGGGUGGGGUUUGAUGGAUUCGGCGUAGAAUAGGUGGUUUGAAGGGGCUUUUUG